CAGCAAGACACCACGUCCGUUUCGGACGGCCGAAAAAGCCGCUUCGACAUGGCAUCCGAUUGCAUCGACGCUCUGCCCAGCUUCGAGCGCGCCUCGACGGCGCGGAGCAGCUCUGCCUCUGCCUCGACGCCCCGAGGCGCCUUUGGCACGCCGAGGGGCCACGAGCGCCUGAUGUUGAGGGAGCGCGACCGGAAAAGCUGCGCUGAGGUGCCGCGCUUGCGCCUGGAGAGCGAUCGCAGCAGCUCUUCCGGAUUCACGUCCAGGAGUGAGCUGGAGCCUCCCCCACAGAGUCGGGAGGUGCAGGACCUGUGCCGCGAAAUGGAGGCCAUGCGCCAUGUGAUCCAGAAGGACCUGGCGGAGAUGCAGGGCACCUGGGUCCAGCUCAAAGAGGCGGUGGCAGCGGCUGGAGGCACUUGCCGCGAGCGCGUUCUGCGGCGCCAGGCG